AUGUUUGUCACGGAUUACAAGCGUAAUUUCAAGUGUGCUUGGCACAAUGCCAAAUCUUCGCCACCGGAUUCAACAAAUUUCAGCUUUACCGCUACCUGCGCAUCAGUUCACACGUUCUCCGAUAAGGCCGAUGUCCUUGAAACAGCGAACUAUGUGGUUGACGAACGACCGAAAAGAGUAGCUUCACGACUUGUACAACUUUGUGAUGACUUCGACAAAGAAUUGUUCCACAAUGAUUGCUACAUCUGCCACAUCCUUUCGUUACUACUAAGUCUCCUAAGUUGGCUGAUCUGGUCGUAA